UCCAAUUUUUUUUUUCAGCGAGGCAGCUGGAAAAAGUUGAUUCGAUGAGCAACGCCGCCGCCGGCCACCGCGACGAGAAGAGUUACAAGGGCGUGCGCCGCCGGAAAUGGGGCAAGUGGGUGUCGGAGAUCCGUGUGCCGGGGACAGGCGACCGCCUGUGGCUCGGCUCGUACACGACGCCGGAAGCCGCAGCAGUGGCGCACGACACCGCACUCUUCUUCUUCCGAGGGCCGAGCUCCUCCCUCCUCGGCCGCCGCCUCAACUUCCCCGACCAAGUCGCCCAGCACACUUGGGCGCCCCUGUCGCCGCUGUCGGUGCAGCGAGCCGCGUCCAACCGCGGGAUGAUGGUCGACGCGCAGUUGGCCGUCGGAGUCCCGCAGCAGUCGCGGUCGCCAGAGAGCGACGAAAGAGAUGACCGGCGUCGGCAAAGGACGAGCUUGGGAGAGGCGGCCACCAGCGAGGAGGCUGCGAUGCUGGAAGAGUUAAACGUCGAUGACAUGGAAAUAUGGGAAUAAUUAAAUCUUAAUUAGCCACUUUAUUAUCUAUUAGCCAAAGUAAUUAGGCAUAAUUGCCAUGUAAUUAGCCUAUUUUAUAUCCGGCAUGGAAUGGAAGUAGUGAUGGCGAAUGAGUCGAGCCAUUUCGAUUCGACAAACUAACACAGUGUUCGUUUUGUUAGACCUGAGCUCGAUAAAGAUCUUAGGUAGCUAGGGGC